UCACUCCCCCAUCUCUUCUUUUUGCUCUUCCCUCUUUAAUUGUUUGUUGCUGCACUCUUCCUGCGAGGGGUGCCGUGUGUUUCCGCCCAACUGCUCCACUCGCACACCCACCGACACGCUCAUGACGACGGCCCUGUGCGCCUCGCCUGCUGCACGCAUGAGGAGGGGCCGCGACGAACGGCGCGCUGAGGGAGCCGUGACGUGUGGGCGUGCGACGAGGGCCUGUGGGGCGGAGCACACAUUUCUUCCCUCUUGUUUUGUUUUCUUGCGGCCAGGGCGGGCAGACACCCGCAGCGCCACACACACAGCCACACCCUGCCGCCGUGUUUUUCUUCAAGGAUUUGUUUUGCUUCGCGUGUUUAUUUCACGCGGUGGCGCACCCUCCGGUGUCGGCCUCGUGAGCAUUUCUCUCCCCUCCGAUGAUUUUUUCUUUUGCUGCGCUCACUCUCCCGAUGGAGAGACGCGACUGCCGUCAUGUCUGCGUGCUUCUCUCAGUCCCCACACACACGAGUGA